GUUCCUAAUAGUAGGAGGAAAGCUUUCAGUCUUUCAGUAUGGGCCAGGGCGUUUUGAACACCUUGGUUCUGCUUCAGUCUCCACUGCCAUCUCUGGGACCUUGCCCAUGUCACCUGUUGCACUUCCCUCAGCUGAAAAAUGAUGAGAUUAAUUCGAAAGGACCUUUCUUUCCAGUUUUGAAAGGACCUUUCUUUCCAGUUCUUACUUCCCUAUGCCUCUGCAGUUUUUCUUUGGUAUUCUUUUUUCUUGGGUAGUUCCCUUGAACAUUUGUUAGAUCAUCAUACGAAAUUUAUAAGUUUACUUGGAAAUAUUUGCAAGUUCUUUUCCAUACCUAUUUUGAUUACCUUCGACUACCACAAUUCUGAACAAUCUAACCUAGAAGGAAAUUUCAGAAAUUGAGACAUGCAAGAGAAAUGUUUUAAUGGAUCCAUAUUUCCUUUCCUUUGAAACUCUGAGCGGCCAGGAAAAGAAAUUGUUUUGGGAAGAUUGCUCAUUUCCACAAAAGGUCUGCGAACCACGGCUUCUCCCACUCCGCCCUCUGACAGUCGGUACCUUUUUGUUUUCAGACUCUCAGCGUUCUCAUCUCUCCUCCUUCACCAUGAAGCUGAUGGACAAAUUCCACUCUCCCAAAAUCAAGAGAACGCCAUCAAAGAAGGGAAAACCAGCUGAAGUGUCUGUGAAGGUUCCAGAGAAGCCUGUGAACAAAGAGGCAACAGACAGAUUUCUACCAGAGGGCUACCCUAUCCCCUUGGAUCUGGAGCAGCAGGCAGUAGAAUUUAUGUCCACCAGUGCUGUGGCUUCCAGGUCUCAAAGGCAGAAGAACCUGAGCUGGCUGGAAGAGCAAGAGAAGGACGUUGUCAGUGCCUUGCGCUACUUUAAGACCAUUGUGGACAAAAUGGCAAUUGAUAAGAAGGUACUGGAGAUGCUUCCAGGGUCAGCCAGCAAGGUGCUGGAAGCCAUCCUACCCCUGGUGCAUAACGAUCCUCGAACUCAACACAGCCCCUACACCUCAGCAUCUCACCUCACCACUACCACAAGACAACUCACCUCUGAUUUAUCAUUCUUAAGCUCAGCCCUGUCCUCCUGCUAUAGCCGAGUGUACCAAAGUCUCGCCAACCUCAUUCGUUGGUCUGACCAAGUGAUGCUAGAAGGUGUGAACUCAGAAGAUAAAGAGAUGGUGACAACUGUGAAGGGGGUCAUCAAAGCCGUGCUGGAUGGAGUGAAGGAGCUGGUCAGACUUACCAUUGAGAAGCAGGGGCGUCCGUCUCCAACAAGCCCAGUGAAGCCCAGCUCCCCGGCCUGCAAACCUGACAGCCAGUCUGAGCUCCCCCUGACAGAUCGAGAGAUGGAGAUUCUAAACAAGACAACUGGGAUGUCACAGUCGACUGAGCUGCUCCCAGACUCUGCGGAUGAAGAGGUCGCACCUCCCAAGCCCCCUUUACCUGGCAUCCGAGUGGUUGAUAAUAGCCCUCCACCAGCAUUGCCACCCAAGAAAAGACAGUCGGCUCCAUCCCCUACCCGAGUGGCUGUAGUGGCCCCCAUGAGCCGAGCUACCAGUGGCUCUAGUUUGCCUGUUGGAAUUAAUAAGCAGGAUUUUGACGUUGACUGUUACUCACAGAGACGACUCUCAGGAGGCAGCCACUCAUACGGCGGAGAGUCCCCUCGCCUUUCCCCCUGCAGCAGCAUAGGCAAGCUCAGCAAGUCGGAUGAGCAGCUGUCCUCUCUGGACAGGGACAGCGGGCAGUGCUCCCGGAACACAAGCUGUGAAACACUAGAUCACUAUGAUCCCGACUAUGAAUUCCUCCAGCAAGACCUCUCUAACACAGACCAGAUACCUCAGCAAGUGGCCUGUAACCUUAGCCCGUUGCCGGAGUCCUUGGGGGAGUCUGGGUCUCCAUUUCUUGGCCAUCCUUUCCAGCUGCCUCUUGGCAGCUGUCCCCAGCCAGAGGGGCCCUUGGCCCUGGGGCAGCAGACAGACACACCGCCUGCUCUCCCAGAGAAGAAGCGCAGGAGUGCAGCCUCCCAGACCACGGACAGCUCUGGCUGCAAGGUGUCCUACGAGCGACACCCUUCACAGUAUGACAACAUCACCGAGGAUGACCUGCAGAACCCAGCCUCAGUCCAGUCUGUCCCCUUCACACCCUUUGCUGCUGUUCUCCCCUUUCAGCAAGGAGGAUCUCCAGCCCCUGUCGAGUUUGUGGGUGACUUCACUGUUGCUGAUUCAACGGGUGACCCAGAAAAACCACCUCCUCUACCAGAGAAGAAAAACAAACACAUGCUGGCCUACAUGCAGCUGCUCGAGGACUACUCCGAGCCCCAACCCUCCAUGUUCUACCAGACGCCGCAGAACGAGCACAUCUACCAGCAGAAGAACAAGCUCCUCAUGGAAGUGUAUGGCUUCAACGACUCCUUCAGCAGUGGAGACUCAGCACAGGAGCUGGCCCCACCCCCUGCCCUUCCCCCAAAGCAGCGGCAGCUGGAAUCACCAGCUGUGAAAGGUGGACAUCCCAAAGAUUCCUCCUCAGUUGGCGGUGCACCUGGGAAGGAAAACAGAGAAGGCCGUGAAAGGAUGCCAAAAUCACCAGAUGCUCUGGAGGUGGCUCAAUCAGAGGAGGAAGUGGAUGAGCUGUCCCUGAUUGACCACAAUGAAAUUAUGGCAAGGUUGACACUCAAGCAAGAGGGUGACGACGGACCAGACGUCCGUGGAGGAUCUGGGGAUAUCUUACUGGUCCAUGCUACUGAGACAGACAGGAAAGACUUGGUGUUGUACUGUGAAGCCUUCUUGACAACCUAUCGGACCUUCAUCACCCCUGAGGAGCUCAUCAAGAAGCUGCAGUACAGAUAUGAGAAAUUUUCUCCCUUUGCUGACACAUUCAAGAACCGUGUCAGCAAGAACACGUUCUUCGUGCUGGUGAGAGUGGUGGAUGAGCUGUGCCUAGUGGAGUUGACAGAAGAGAUUUUGAAGCUGCUGAUGGAGCUGGUCUUCCGCCUGGUGUGCAAUGGGGAGCUCAGCCUUGCCCGCGUGCUCCGGAAGAACAUCCUGGACAAGGUGGCCCAGAAGAAGUUGCUCAAGUGUGCCAACUCCGACCAGCCCCUGGCGGCCAGGGGAGUAGCAGCCAGGCCAGGGACCUUGCAUGACUUUCACAGCCAUGAAAUAGCAGAGCAGCUGACACUGCUAGAUGCUGAGCUCUUUUAUAAAAUAGAGAUCCCCGAGGUUUUGCUUUGGGCAAAAGAGCAAAAUGAGGAGAAGAGCCCCAACCUGACCCAGUUCACUGAGCACUUCAACAACAUGUCCUACUGGGUCCGGUCAAUAAUCAUGUUACAGGAAAAGGCCCAGGACAGGGAACGGCUGCUAUUGAAGUUCAUCAAGAUCAUGAAGCACUUACGAAAACUAAAUAAUUUCAACUCCUACCUGGCCAUCCUCUCUGCGCUGGACUCGGCGCCCAUCCGCAGACUGGAGUGGCAGAAGCAGACCUCAGAGGGCCUGGCCGAGUACUGCACGUUAAUUGACAGCUCGUCCUCCUUCCGCGCCUACCGGGCAGCCCUCUCAGAGGUGGAGCCUCCCUGCAUCCCGUACCUGGGGCUGAUUCUACAGGACCUCACCUUUGUUCACCUGGGAAACCCAGACUAUAUUGACGGAAAAGUGAAUUUCUCCAAACGGUGGCAGCAGUUCAACAUCCUCGACAGCAUGCGGCGCUUCCAGCAGGCACACUAUGACAUCCGGAGAAACGAUGACAUUGUAAACUUCUUCAAUGACUUCAGUGACCACCUGGCUGAGGAGGCCCUAUGGGAACUCUCUCUGAAAAUCAAACCCCGGAACAUAACAAGGAGAAAAACAGACCGAGAAGAGAAAACCUAGGAACAGGUGUGUGAGCGAGGAGAAUGCUCAAGAGACGCGCAGCGGGCAGCUCCGAGACCGGACGAGACUUUGGACCUGGUGCACGGCGGAAGUCCCUCUCCUCGAGCAGGCUGAGAGUAUCUGGGCCUCGGAGCCCCAGGCCCGGCCAGGCCUCUGGUGUGAUGACGGGCCCAGAGCCGGAGCCUGCUGGCAGCUUCCCACCCUCCCUCCUCUGCAGGAGCAGACCCUACGGCCCACAGAGGAGCCCACCUGGCAGGUGUUAGGACUGAUUUGUGAACUGGUGGUUUCCUUAUUUUUAAUUUUUUCUGCUUUCACUUCUCUUUCCCUCUCCCCCUCCUGCCCACGCCCCUCCAGCCUGGGAGUGGCGCAGAGUUGGCAUCAGCAGGAUGAGGAAUAGAGGGCUCCGCAGCUUCCCUCAUCUGGCAGUCUGCAUGUUCUGAGGGGACAUGUGAGCAGAGGCUCAGCAGGACCCUAGGGGAUAGCUGCCUUCCAGAUGAGCUAGGGUGGAGGGAGACUCAGGGGUAGGCCAAGAGCAGAGAGGAUCAGGGGAGGCCCCUUUCACUUUCCAUUCUCUGCUUUCUAGAAUGGAGGACGGUGUGCAGUUUCGCCUGGCCCAGAGAGGUGUGGCAGGUGGCGUUUCAGCAACCCCUCAUCACGGUACUGGUUUUCAGAACUGUCCUGCUGCACCUAUAGGCCGCCCCUUCGCUGGGUGGUGAGCAAUGGCAGCCUCUGUCACCUUGUAGCACCUUAGCGUCUCCCCCACCCCACUCCAUUGGGCCCCUCUGCCCGUAAUUUCACAGUUUUCCAUCAGCCACUUUCAGAAGUACUUUGGGGAGCUGGGAAGAAGAGGUUGGAAAAGGGAGGACUUUACCAUCAAAGAAACACUUUUUUAUUGCUGGGAGUCUUUUUAACUUUUCUGAGCUGGGCGGUAGCUGUUGGUGGGUUAAUCCAGAGAGAGGGGAGCAUGGAGGAGCAUUUCUGUCCCGGGAAGAAGCCCGCAGACCCCCUCUUCUGUUGUGUCUGUUGCUUGCUGUGUGCCUUAAACUCUACCCUGUGCCCCCCAACCCCGGUCCCAGAGGCUUCCCUCUGACCUCACC